CGUUCCCUCGAACUCCACAUGAAGCAAAGAUAGAAAAAAAAACACACACACACACACAAGACUUGUUUCUACAGAGCAACCAAGUCUCAAGAAAGGUAGAGAAAGCUAAGGUAGAAUAUGGCUAUGGAGUUAGAGAUUGAUGAUGAUGUCUUCUUUGCAGACAUAAGCAAACAGAUCUCUCUUCUCAUCAUGGAUGAAGAUGAACAGCUUAACUCUGUUUCACUCUCUUCCUCCUCCCCUCUCGGGUUCCAGGGUAUGUUCAGAGGAGGCUACCAAACGGCUCCAUAUAUGUAUCAUCAAGAACAGAGCAAAGGGACUGGUGUUUUCAUCCCUAAAUCUUCUCAGACCAGAAGGAGACCUCAGCAUCCUAAGCAAGGCAGGGUUAGUUCCUUCAACGCCAAGCAACAACGCUCUCUUCAUCAAAACAGACAACAGUAUCAGCAGAAUCAUGACAACUUACGAAGUACCCUCACCACUCACAACAACAAGAGCAGCAUGAUCACUAAUAAUGUUCAUGCUUCCAUCCCAAGGAGAACUUACAGAGAUGCAAUCUACAAUUGAUUGAUCUAACAAAUGUUCUGCAAGAUUCAUGGUUUUCUAUGGAAUUGAUUUAUUAUAUUAUUUUAUAGAUGCAUAAGAUUUAUUUGUUUGUAAAUCAGGAAGAAUAAUGAUUCUAUACAAGGAAGGGAAGUUCUUGGAGAUUUGUUCCAAGCUUGUUCUUGUAUUAAAUAUAACUCUUUCUUGGUGAUUUUA